AUGGCAGGCGCUAAAUGGCGCUACACUAUGCCAGAAUUAUUGGACUAUUUGGACGAUAACUUCGAUAUACCCAAUGAUGGAGUGAAUUCUGACAUCAGAGGACUUGAUGAAGAUUUUGAUGAAAAAAAUGAUCUGCUCCCUGAAGUGGCUGUCUCUGAAGAUGAAGAUGACGAAGAUGUAGACCUCGCCGCUCUUGAUAUCGAGGAAAGUAGCCGAGGAAGACCAAGCAAUGUAAGUCUAAAUGACUUUGAAUGGAGUAGUGUGAGAAGUGACAUUGAUAUUCCCAGCUUUUCGCAAGCUGUUGGGCCAGCAAAUGUUAUGCCCAGAGAGUACUUAACUGUAGACUUUUUCCAACUGUUUGUUGAUAAUCGCAUGUUGUGA